AUGGAAAAGGUAAAAAGCUUGGCGUCCCAACACGGCGUAGUGAUCUUUAGCAAAACCACAUGUUGUCUGUGCUACGCGGUGAACAUCCUGUUCCAAGAGCUGGGCGUGAAGCCCCACGUGUACGACAUCGACACCGACCACCAGGACGGGAAAGAAAUGGAGAGAGCUCUGGCCAGGAUGGGCUGCAACUCCUCCGUCCCCGCCGUCUUCAUCGGCGGCAACCUCGUCGGCUCCACCAACGAAGUCAUGUCCCUCCACUUAAGCGGCUCCCUCAUCGGCAUGCUCAAGCCCUACAUGUCCAUGAAUUAA